GGGUAUAGAUAUAAUAAUAAUUUUAACUUGGCAAUCAAUCUUAAACGGAAAAUUGUGCAAUUAAUGAGAAAUUAGAGAGAGCCACGGUAGAAUAAUUGAUGAGUCAGACCUUCAUCUUCUUCAACUUCACUUGUGCUAGAUAAGCUAGGGUUCAAAUAACAGAGGGAAAGAUGUUGACUUGACAAUUUUCUUGCCGGGUUUCAGCGAUCGGGAUACAUCAUUGGAAAGCCCUCGACGUAAGCUUCAAUUUGGUGGUAGUUUCCGGCUAUUGUCUUCGGUGAUGGUCGCCGGAGUUCAACGAGAAGUCCAGCAUGCAGCUCAAGUUUUAAGAGUCGAUUUGAGGUAUUGAGUGUAGUAAAGCUCUCGCUCAAGAUUUGAGAGUCGCUUGAGCAUAAAGAUAAUUUAUAGCCCUUGCAUUGGACUCCAGAAUCCCUAAAUUUGGAUACCCUGUUCCAAUCUGCAUCUUCACCUAUUUCUCUCUCUGUGCGUAAAGGCUACAACUCAUUGAUUUACCAGACGGCACGGAGAAAAAUUAUAAACAAUUUUUUUAAUUUUAUUUUUGGGGAAGAAAUUGAAACGGAAAAAGGAAGAACAGAAGAAGAAGAUGGAAGAAAACCUAACGGAGCACGGCAAGUCAUUGGCAGCUCCGGCGAUUUUCAUCCUCGUUUUCUCUCUCCACUUCGUCUCCAAAUACCUCGAAUUCCACAAAAAGAAGAAAGGAUUGAUGAGUGAAUUGGACGUUCAAUUGCGAGCAGAAAUUAAGCAGCUUUUGAAGGAAGCUAGCUCCUUAACGCAACCUUCAACAUUUGCACAAGCUGCAAAACUAAGAAGAAUGGCCGCAGCGAAGGAGAAGGAACUUGCAAAAAAUCAAGAAAUGCACGACAAGGAUAUGAAAUUGUCAUUUGGCACAUACGAGAAGCUCUUAACAAUAUCAAAGGUUGUUACUUACGUUUUGCUGAUUUUAUGGUUCUGGAAGAUUCCUAUCACUACAAUAUCUGAUCAACUCGUGCAACCCUUUGGUAAGCUGCUUUCUUGGAGAUCGGGAGCAUAUUUGAAAGACAAUGUUGUGGUUGGAAUCAUACCAUGGUUGAUUGUAUCCACCAGAGUUAGUAGAUUUAUUUGCAGGAAGGUUAUGGAAUAAAUCGAAGAUUAGCGAGAUGACUUAUAUCAUUGUUCUCCAGUUUUUAGUUCCUUCUCUUACACAUACAUACAUGUUUAUUUAAUGUGUCUUAGCUAAAUAUAUGUACAAAGUUAUUAGCAAUGGAUUCAUCCGGAAAUGUUGAUGUUUCUAACCAAGUGGAUGCGGUUCGAUUUUUGUAUUUGUGGUUUAAGUUAAAUGUACGAUGAUAUAAUAAAGGGUAAAUUACAACCA